UCGAGCACGUCAGCAUGCUGGUCAUCCUCUUGAACUGUGUCACCCUUGGGAUGUUCCAGCCAUGUCAGGAUGUCAGAUGCAAAACAGAAAGGUGCACAAUCUUGGAGGCGUUUGACCACUUCAUCUUCGCCUUCUUUGCUGUGGAGAUGGUUAUCAAGAUGAUCGCCCUGGGGAUCUUUGGGCACAAAUGUUAUCUAGGAGACACCUGGAAUCGCCUUGACUUCUUCAUUGUCAUUGCUGGCAUGAUGGAAUAUUCUUUGGAUGGACAUAAUGUCAGCUUAUCAGCCAUCCGUACCGUCCGGGUUCUCAGGCCUUUACGAGCCAUUAACAGGGUGCCAAGUAUGCGCAUUCUUGUCACCCUGCUCCUAGACACUCUGCCUAUGUUAGGCAACGUUCUCCUCUUGUGUUUCUUCGUCUUUUUCAUCUUCGGAAUCGUCGGUGUCCAGCUCUGGGCUGGGCUGCUGAGGAACAGGUGCUUCCUAGAUUCCCAUUUGCAAAGGACACACAACUUGACUUUUCUGCAUCCGUACUAUCGGCCGGAAGAGGGGGAAGAGAACCCGUUCAUCUGUUCGUCCCACCGGGAUAACGGCAUGCAGAAGUGUUCCAGCAUCCCUAACCGGAAGGAGUACAAGAUGGAAUGUACUUUAAACGUGGACACUUACAACCCACAGGUGGACACGCUGGACUUCAGCAGCCGAAACGCCUGCGUAAACUGGAACCAAUAUUACAACGUUUGCAGGCCGGGGGACUUAAACCCGCACAAUGGAGCUAUUAAUUUUGAUAAUAUUGGCUAUGCUUGGAUAGCUAUUUUUCAGGUGAUAACCCUGGAAGGAUGGGUUGACAUCAUGUAUUAUGUUAUGGACGCACACUCUUUUUACAAUUUUAUAUAUUUUAUACUACUUAUAAUAGUUGGUUCUUUCUUCAUGAUUAACUUGUGCCUGGUUGUGAUAGCAACACAGUUUUCUGAAACCAAACAGCGGGAGAACCAGCUGAUGCAAGAGCAGCGAGCCCGCUACCUCUCCAAUGACAGCACAAUCGCCAGCUUCUCUGAGCCGGGGAGCUGCUACGAAGAGCUCCUCAAAUACAUCUGCCACAUUUUCAGGAAAGUCAAACGGCGGACAUUGCGCCUCUACAACCACUGGCAGAACAAGCGGCGGAAAAAAGUCAACCCCAACAGUGGUGGAGACAAUGGGCAAGGCCACCACCAGAGUGGCAAGCGGCGCAUCACUUCCAUCCACCACUUGAUCCAUCACCACCAUCACCACCACCAUCACCACUACCACAUCAGCAACGGGAGCCCCCAAGGGCCACGGUCCAGCCCAGAGAUUUGUGAUCUGGAGUUGGACGUCAUGAAACCCAGGAGCCAGCUGAUGCUUCCUCCAUCUUCUCCCAACCACCCGAGUGGUGGAGCUGCAGAUACAGAGUCCAUCCACAGUAUUUACCAUGCUGACUGCCAUGUGGAAGGAACCUCGGUGAAAUGCAAGUCUUCCAGUGCCAAUCAUGGCAGCAUGAACUACCCCACCAUCUUGCCUUCUCCGGCAAACAAAGCCAGCGUCACCCCCUUGUCCAAAGGGAAGAAAAAUGGAGGCAGUGGGGGGACCUCUCCCAUGGCCAUGGUCAGCAGCCCAGUCCAUCUGAAUGCGGAUUGCUACGGGAAGCUCCACCAUUUAGUGGGAGAACGUGGCCUCUGCCGGACCUCUAGCAUUUUGUCUGGCUUGAAUGUGCCCUGUCCACUGCCCGGCCCGCAAGCCGACAACUUGAGCUGUGAGCUGCAAAACUGCCCAUUCUGCGCCAGCAUGCUGGAGGAUCCCGAGUUUGAGUUCAGCGAGGCAGACAGCUACGGGUCAGGAGACGACAACACCGGGGUCUACGAGUUCACUCAAGAUGUAAAACAUGGGGACUUACGGGACCAGAUCCAGCAGCAGAGGAACAAGAAAAAGAAGAAAAGGAAACCACCCAAGGAGAGGAACAAAAUAACCAGACUCUGGAAGGCAUUUGGCAACAAGCUGAAGAGGAUCGUGGAGAGCAAGUAUUUCAACCGCGGGAUCAUGAUUGCCAUCCUCAUCAAUACGCUGAGCAUGGGCAUUGAGUAUCAUGAACAGCCGGAUGAGUUAACCAAUGCCCUGGAGAUUAGCAACAUUGUCUUCACAAGCAUGUUUGCUCUGGAGAUGCUGCUCAAGCUUUUGGCCUUCGGCAUCUGGGGUUAUAUCAAGAACCCCUACAACAUUUUUGAUGGCAUCAUUGUUGUCAUCAGCGUCUGGGAGAUCAUUGGCCAGUCAGACGGCGGGCUUUCAGUGCUGAGGACCUUCCGUCUCCUCCGUGUCCUCAAGCUGGUGCGGUUCAUGCCAGCUCUCCGUCGGCAGUUGGUUGUUCUCAUGAAGACCAUGGACAACGUGGCCACCUUCUGUAUGCUGCUCAUGCUGUUUAUAUUCAUCUUCAGCAUCCUUGGUAUGCAUCUUUUUGGGUGCAAAUUUGGCUUAAGAACAGAUACAGGGGACACGAUGCCAGAUCGGAAGAACUUCGAUUCCUUGCUGUGGGCAAUUGUCACUGUGUUUCAGAUCCUGACCCAGGAAGACUGGAAUGUAGUCCUGUACAACGGAAUGGCGUCCACCUCCUCCUGGGCUGCCCUCUAUUUUGUGGCUCUGAUGACUUUUGGCAAUUACGUGCUUUUCAACCUCUUGGUGGCCAUCCUGGUAGAAGGUUUCCAAGCUGAGGGUGAUGCCAACAGAUCUGACACAGAUGAAGACAAAACAUCGACCAACUUUGAGGAAGAGUUUGAGAAACUGAAGGAACUCCAUGCUUCUGAGAUGAAGAUGGUUUCGCUUGCCAUCACUCCUAAUGGCCACCUGGAGGGCAAGGGGAGCAUGCCCCCGCCCAUCAUCAUGCACACCGCGGCCACCCCCAUGCCCACCCCAAAGUGUUCUCCACACAUGGACUCUGCCUACCCUUUUGUGGACUCCAGAAGGGGGAGCAACGUUUCAGUUGACCCGCUCAGCUUCGACCAGAAAUCUUUGUCCAGCCUCCGCAGCUCGCCCUGCGCAAACUGGGGCACCGGCAGCAACUGGGGCAGCCGCCGCUCGAGCUGGAACAGCCUGGGCCGGGCGCCCAGCCUGAAGAAGAAGAGCCAGUGCGGCGAGAGGGAGUCCCUGCUGUCGGGGGAGGGCAAGGGCAGCACCGAUGACGAGGCGGAGGAGGCCAAGGUCAGCACCCUCAGCCGGCCCCCCCUGCUGCGCCGGGCAGAGUCCCUGGACUGCCGGGCGGGCGUGGACCUGCCGGAACUCCUCCAGGUGCCCGGGGUGCACCCUCCAGUGGCCAUGCUGCCCAUCGAGUACCAGGACUGCAACGGCAAGAUGCUCCAGGUGCCCAACGAGCUCUAUCUGCAUAUGGACGGCCGCAAAGAGGAUCCGUUCGAUUACGAUGACAACGUGGAAGACAGUUUCUGCUACAGAAUCCGCAAGGCCUUGGAGCCCUACAAGCCGAGGUGGUGCAAGAAUCACGAGGACUGGUCGCUCUAUGUGUUUUCCCCUCAGAAUCGGCUCCGGGCCAACUGCCAGAAAGUCAUAGCACACAAGAUGUUUGAUCACGUGGUCCUUGUUUUCAUCUUCCUCAACUGCAUCACCAUCGCCUUGGAGAGGCCAGAUAUCGAUCCCAACAGUACGGAACGGAUAUUCUUGAGCGUGUCCAACUACAUAUUUACAGCUAUUUUUGUUGCUGAGAUGAUGGUUAAGGUGGUGGCUCUGGGCUUCUUCUCUGGGGAACACACCUACCUCCAGAGCAGCUGGAACGUCCUGGAUGGAAUCCUGGUCUUUGUGUCCAUCAUUGACAUCAUUGUUUCCAUGGCAUCCGCAGGCGGGGCAAAGAUUUUAGGGGUCCUGCGAGUGCUUCGGCUGCUGCGCACGCUAAGACCUUUACGGGUCAUCAGCAGAGCUCCAGGACUGAAACUCGUGGUUGAGACCCUGAUCUCUUCUCUCCGGCCUAUCGGCAACAUUGUCCUGAUCUGCUGCGCUUUCUUUAUCAUCUUUGGCAUUUUGGGGGUACAGCUCUUUAAAGGCAAGUUCUAUUACUGCGAGGGACCUGACAUCCGAAACAUCUCCACUAAAGCCGACUGUAAAAAAGCCCAGUACAGAUGGGUCCGGCGGAAGUAUAACUUUGACAAUUUGGGGCAGGCCCUGAUGUCCUUGUUCGUCCUCUCCUCCAAAGAUGGCUGGGUGAACAUCAUGUAUGAUGGACUGGAUGCCGUGGGGAUUGACCAACAGCCCAGCCGGAACCAUAACCUCUGGAUGCUUCUCUACUUCAUUUCCUUCCUCCUCAUCGUCAGCUUCUUUGUGCUCAACAUGUUUGUCGGGGUGGUGGUGGAGAACUUCCACAAGUGUCGGCAGCACCAGGAGGCCGAGGAGGCCCGGCGGCGCGAAGAGAAGCGGCUGCGGCGUCUGGAGAAAAAGCGCAGGAAAGCCCAGCGACGGCCGUACUACGCCGAUUAUUCACCCACUCGGAAAUACAUCCAUUCUCUCUGCACCAGCCACUACCUGGACCUCUUCAUCACUUUUAUCAUUGGAGUCAACGUCAUCACAAUGUCCAUGGAGCACUUUGACCAGCCCAAGUCUCUGGACGAGGCCCUGAAAUACUGCAACUACAUGUUCACCAUUGUCUUUGUGGUUGAGGCUGUCCUGAAACUGGUGGCCUUCGGCUUCCGGAGGUUCUUCAAGGACAGGUGGAACCAGCUGGAUCUGGCCAUUGUCCUGCUGUCAAUCAUGGGGAUUACUCUUGAGGAGAUCGAAAUGAACGCCGCACUCCCCAUCAACCCCACCAUUAUCCGCAUCAUGAGGGUGCUCAGGAUUGCUAGAGUGCUGAAGCUGCUGAAAAUGGCCACAGGGAUGCGGGCAUUGCUGGACACGGUGGUUCAGGCCCUCCCCCAGGUGGGGAAUCUCGGUCUGCUAUUUAUGCUCCUUUUUUUCAUCUACGCCGCCCUGGGGGUGGAAUUAUUUGGAAAGUUAGACUGCAGUGAGGAAAAUCCUUGUGAAGGCCUAAGCCGGCACGCUACUUUCAACAACUUUGGCAUGGCCUUCCUCACCCUCUUUAGGGUAUCAACUGGGGACAACUGGAAUGGGAUCAUGAAGGACACCCUCCGGGAAUGCCACCGGGAUGACAAGCAUUGCCUCAGCUACCUGCCCGUCAUCUCCCCUGUGUACUUCGUCACCUUCGUCCUCAUUGCCCAGUUCGUCCUGGUGAACGUUGUGGUCGCCGUCCUGAUGAAGCACCUGGAGGAGAGCAACAAAGAGGCAAAGGAGGAUGCCGAGAUGGAUGCCGAAAUCGAGCUGGAGAUGUCCAGAGGGGUCAGCACGCCGGAAAGAACCCUGGAUGGGAGGCAGGCCCCUUCCAUGGGGGGGUCACCCCUGCUAGGGAAGCAUCAAGCCAUGGGAGCUGCUGUGGCGGCUGGCAUGAGGGAGCCCCCGAGUCUUCUGACCCUUCGCAAGAUCUCAGUGGCCAGGAUGCAUUCCCUCCCCAACGACAGCUACAUGUUCCGCCCGGUGAUGCCCGCCAAGCGUCCCUUCCCACUCCGUGAAGCGGAGCUAGAAGCCUACACCUACAGGUCUCCAAGAGGAUCCGUCACGUCAAUCCGCUCCCAGCCGGUGGUCACGUCUUCAUCCCUGAGGAUUCCACAGGUGGCCUUUCGUCCAGCGACGCCCCCUCCGAGCCACGACGUGGGGGCUCCAUGGAAGCUUCUACCCCCUCACCCUGCCCCUCGCAUCCCCAGUUUCAGCAGGCUGCUGUGCAGACAGGAGGCCAUUCAAAGGGACUCGCUGGAUGGCUCCAAUGCGGAGUCUAAGCAGAGUGACCAGGCUGAGAAUCACGAAAACCCGCCACUGAAAAAGCUGUCUCACAGCGUCUUGGGGCCACCUCUGCUCCACAUGGCCCCCACAUCCCUGCCGGGCACUCCCCCCCUCCCCCGUGCAUCAUCUCCCCGUCCUUCAAGCAUCCACACCCACAGGCACACCUUCAGCCAGCACAGCAUCUCGAGCAGGCGGUCCAGCCACAGCAGCAUCCCGGACGGCUCCCUCUUCGAGUCCUCCGAUCUGGCAGACGAAGAGGUCAGCCACAUCAACAGCUCCGCAAGGGACUGGGGGGCGCGGCUGGAUGGCAGGGACUGCUCGGACUCCCCUUUCGCCUCCCCGUCCCCGUCGCCCAUCCCCUUCAAGAACUGCAGCACAACCAGCUUGACCGCGGGGAACAGCAGGGAGAAGGAGCUGAAGAAGUUCUACAGUGUGGACACGCGGGGCUUCUUGGCCAAGCCGACGUGGGCGGACGACCAGCGGCGGCACUCCAUUGAGAUCUGCCCCUCCGUCGACCGUGGGGACCGAGCCUUUGCCGAGGCACCUGAAAGGAGGCAGCUGCCUCUCCAGGUCCAGUCAGAGUCCGAGUCCCUCCACGGCAUCCGGAGGAAGAAAAAAAUGAGCCCCCCCUGCAUCUCUAUCGAUCCUCCCGUGGAGGACGAGAGCGGCGCCUCCACGCGCACCAAGGCCUCUGAGAACAGCCUGCUGAGGAGGAGGACGCCAUCCUGCGAGUCCACUGCCUACAGGGACUCCUUGGAGCUGGCCGAUGGCCAGCCAGGAGAACUUGCCUGCAAGGCGGACCGCUGGGCCCCACCGGCCUGCCGAGGGGAGCACCUGACCAUCCCAAGCUUCUCCUUUGAGCCGUCGGACCCCGGUUCCGCGAGUGAGCCCUGCGAGUGCCUCUCGGAGCGCAGCCAUGCUGCAGACCCCUCCACAGGUUCCCCACCUGUCGGUGCGGAACUGCAGAAAACAGACCCUUUGGAAACUCACGGCACCCCCUCCGAGCAGACCCAAGAAGGACGCAGGGGGCCCAGGAGUCCCCUCCCGCAGCACGGACUGGUUCCAGCGUCCCCCACCACAGAAGACAUUGUGGACGAGCCAGUAUAGCUUCCGAGGGGGGUGGUCUUUGAUGAACUCUAAGGGCUUUGCCACCAGACGUGGCUUUGAAGAGAACAGGUUGGAAAGCCACCCUCUCCAUGGCUGACGCUUGCCCCCAGACCCUUGGUCUCUCCUCUCCCUCAGCGCUGUGAAGGCCUUGUGGCUGCUUCAAAGAAGGAAGCGGAGUCCA